AACUUAAAUAAAUGCAAACAGUGUUUUCAGUGAAAUAGCUUGAUACAAAAUACUGUUGAGCAAUAAGGAAUUUGUGAGUACCUUUGAAAAGCCAGUUAAUUAUUUACAAAAGGAAUCCUUAGGGAGCUUUCACAAAUGGUGGAAACUGUCGAUGGAGACAAUCAUGAAGAUGAAAUUUAAAAGCUGUUUUUUCUUCCUACUUACAAUAUAUUCGGGAAAACUCCUUGCUGAAGAUAAGCCUUGUGAUUUGCCACACAUAGAAAAUGGAAUGAUUGCCCAGUACUAUUAUAAUUUCAGAAGUUACUAUUUCCCUAUGCUUAAGGAAAAGAAACUGUCUUAUUCUUGUGUGGUUGGUUAUACAACUGAAACUGGGACUCAAGAUGGAAGAAUAACUUGUACAGCAAAAGGAUGGUCUCCAGUGCCACAAUGCUACAAAAAAUGUAACAAGCCUCUUUUGGAAAAUGGCAUUUUUUACAGUACAGAAAUGUACUUCAAAAUACAGGAGAAACUGCAGUACAAAUGUAAUCCCGGCUACCACACUCUGAGUGGGGGCACUGAAGAUACAGUACAAUGUCAGCCAGAAGGAUGGUCCUCCCAGCCAAGCUGUAGUAGAAAAAUUGCAUGGUGCCAAGUACCAGAUUUACAUCACGGCAGCUACUCCACAGCCCAACAAGAGCUUCGAGUGAACGAAACGUUGCUGUACAAAUGUGACGAGGGAUAUCACACUGCAGGAGGAAACACCUCAGAAGCAGCGGUGUGUCUAACACAUGGGUGGUCUCGUACUCCAAAGUGCACUAAAAUAACUUGCUCCUCUUUGAGUGCAAUAACACAUGGAGGUUUCUAUCCUGUGAAGAAAAUCUACGAAGAGGGAGAUGUAGUUCACUUUUUUUGUGAGGAAAAUUAUUCUGUCAGUGAAUUUGACCUUAUUCAAUGUUACUAUUUUGGAUGGCAUCCAGACCCCCCGGUGUGUGAAGAUGUAAAAACUAAAUGUCCUCCACCGCCACUUCCUCCUCAUGCCCGUGUCAUCACAGCUAGAAGAACGUAUCACAAUGGAGACAAAGUUCAUAUCCACUGUCAAAGUGCCUUUGAAAUAAGAGGAUCUGAGGAAAUCCGGUGUGAAAAAGGAAAAUGGACAUCACCCCCUGUUUGUAUUGGAACUAUGGAUAAAUGGGAAUCUGAGGCACCACCAUCACUCGAGGCAGAUACAGCAAUAAGGGCAAGCAAAACAUACUACGAAGAAGAUCUGAAAAUGCAGCACAACUGUACCUCUCCACCUGUGAUUAAAAAUGGUGUUCUUCUUAGUCCAUUAUUGACAAGUUACAAAAAUGGUUCCUCAGUAGAAUACGGUUGUCAGCAUUACCAUUUUUUGGAUGGACCUAGUACUGUUUACUGUGAACAAGGAAACUGGACAGAACAACCAACUUGCUUAGAACCAUGCACUCUUAAUGUAACUGAUAUGAACAGCAACAAUGUAGAGCUCAAAUGGAAACAGGAGGAAUUGAUAUUCCUACAUGGUGAUCUUGUGGAGUUUGAAUGUAAACAGGGAUACAGUUUUCUCCAGACUACAAUUCCAUCUCCUGGGAGGACAUGGUGCAACCAUGGCAGUCUGAAAUACCCAAAGUGCAUUAUCCAAGCUCCUGCAGAAAAAUGUGACCCUCCACCUUCCAUUGCAAAUGGGGCUCUUACCCUCCCACUUCUGCCCCAGUAUGACAGUGGUUCUUCAGUUCAGUAUAGUUGCUCUGAUUAUCAUUUUUUGCAAGGAUCUGAGAGAAUUUACUGUUCAGAUGGACAGUGGACUGCACCACCAGUUUGUAUAGAGCCAUGUACUUUGUCAAAAAAUGAAAUGGAGAAAAAUAAUGUGCUGCUGCAAGGGUUCUAUGAGAAUCAAGUUUACUUUUACCAUGGGGAUUAUGUUGGAUUUUACUGUAAACAGAACCAUUUUGGAGCAGAAUCUGGUACAACUUUAUUUCAAGUGCAGUGUAAGAAAGGACAGCUAACGUAUCCAAGAUGUAUUGAAAGAUGAAAAUAAGUAUGGACUUUAGGAAAGCCUACAGGAAAGAUAAGAAGCCUCUAAAAGGACAAGGCUUGAGGGACAAGCAAAAAAAGCAAGUAUUAAAAAAAAUACAAGAUUGCAUUUUAAACCUGUGAAACCAUUUAAAACCUAAAAAUAUGCAAUUUCUACUCAGUAGAGAUAAUCUCAGCAUCUUUGUUUUCCUGAUUGAAAGCAGUUAAACUACUAAAAUAUCUACUCCAACCACUUUGUGUGGUUUCCUGUGACAAACUUUCAUGCUCUUGAGGCUCUGCCUUUGAACAUGAACUGCAGAGAUGAAGAAAAUUCAAGAAUCAAGGCAACGUUUGCCUCACAUCCAUUUAGUAGAUUUUAAUAAGAAGAGUCACUGUAAGGUCCUCUUCUACAUUUUAUCUCUAUACUCCAGCUUU